AUGUCUGAGCGCGGGGAGCAGUUUUCCAUGGAGCUACCCAACGUGCUGCCGCACGAGAAUAUGUACCUGGUGCAGAUAGGCCACAAGCUGUUCCGCAUCAGCGGGGCAUCGCUGUCCUCGGACUCGCCGUCGUACUUCACGGAGUACUUCCGGCGGCGAGGGGAGGAGCGGGAGGUCGAGGAGGCGCGGGACGGCAAGGACAUCCUGUUCAUCGACCGGUCGCCGGAGGUGUUCGAGCUGAUCUACAGCCACCUGCAGGGGUACUGCAUCACGGUGCGGGACGAGCUGCAGUACACGAUGCUGUUUGCGGACGCGAUGUACUACAGCCUGCCGCGGCUGCGGGACAUGCUGAAGCACUCGGAGUACUACUACACGUGCAUCGGGGGGACGUCGUUCAAGAUACCCAAGGACCUGCUGAGCGCGCACGGGAACUCGCCGAACUACUUCGACGUGGCGGUGGACUCGCUGUACACGGGGCUGGAGCAGAUGUACCUGUCGCGCAAGCCGAUCCGGCCGCCGCCGCAGUCGCCGCCGUACGUGGCGCGGUCGCCGGCGCUGUUCAGGGACAUCAUCGCGCUGCUCAACGGCGCGGAGAUCACGAUGGAUGACCGCAAGCGCAACUCGCUGCUGAAGGAGUGCCGCUUCUACCACUUCCUGAACCUGGAGCAGCGGCUGCUCAAGGCGGAGGUCGGCUACGACCCGUUCUACAAGAGCGAGCUGAUCACGAUGCAGAUCAACGACCUCAGCCCCAAGGGCAUCGGCGUCAAGGCCAAGUCCGAGAAGAUGGCGGGCUGCCCGGGGCAGGAGCCGGAGGAGCCGCCGGCGGCGGACUCGCAGGACGCGCCGCCGGCCAAGCGCCAGCGGCUGUGCACCGACUGGCACAUCUGCAGCUACAUGCGGCCCUACCUGGACUCGACCCCGCGCGACCUGAUUUUCCAGAUCAGCGCGAUGGACUGCAUCAUAUACUUCAACAAGCGCAAGAAGACCAUCCACGUGAACAUCCGCGGCGACACCGCCAUCCGGUUUGUGUCCCUGUUCGGCAGCCAGAUGCAACAGUACGGCGUCAGCCUGGACUCCUACCGCGACCCCGCACUGACCGACGGUCUCAUCAUCCCCUGCUGUGUUUCCGUCUGCGACCUGACGGUCAACGGCAUCAAGUGCACCAACAUCUGCUCGCUGAUCGACGAGUGCAAGAUCACGGAGAAGAUCCCGGACUUCACGCGCGGCGACGGCUGCGUGCCCGGCCUCAAGCUGGUCCUCCUCAAGAGCAUGUGGCGCCUGGGUGUGAAGGAGGGAGAGAUCAUCUUGGUCUGCAUCAGGGGCGAGGCCGUCACGGGCGUCAACGAGUUCCACCACAACAUCAAGUACCUCUGA